AUGAAUAAUCCCUGGAGUAUCGAAGAUGACAUACGUUUGUUUCGAUGGAUUACGGACUUCAAACCGGCUGGAGUGCAUAAGCAUUUCCAUAUGAUCAGCAUUUUGGGAAGAAUGAACCGACCAGAUCAAUUCCCCGUUGUACUUCUUUUUGACAAGCUUAAAAGCGAUGGGAAGAGCCAAUUCGUGGCCGACGAAGUAUGGGCUAAACUUGAUCAACAUUACGACUUGGCCAAAGUGGACGAACGAGAAAACAUGCUACUGAACGCAGAUGAAAAUGGAGAGCCUCACGACGAGGAUAAUAAAGAAGACGACGACCAAGACCACGAAAAAGCAGAUUUUCACCACAAAUCGCGGUUUCAAGCUCUGCGACGAGCUUUCCAAAAACCACGAGAAUUCACUCUACCCUGGGAUGAAUAUGGAGAAUUGAUUUUGGGAAAUGCGAAAAGCUCAAUGGAGGAAUACCAAGAAGAUGAGGAAAAGGGUUCUGAACAGGAAGAUGCAGAUCAGGAGCCCUCUAGCAAGAUCCAUGCGGAAACUGUCCAAAAAGAAAGGUCUCCUAGGCGGGUGACAAGGUCUAACGCGACCCAGAGACAACCAGGACGAGUGACCAGGUCCCAGGGACCUGCUCCAGCAUCGAAAAGUGACGAAGAAAAAGAGGGAGGAAAAUCCGAUGAAGGUGGCGGAUCUGAAUCUGAAUCUGAGCAUGAUCGUGACGGCACAAGCAGUCCACAAGACGAAAGCAGAUUGCCUAGUAGUGAUAAAGAAGACCAGCAAGAUGCCGAAAAGACUGAAAAUCUGGAUUCUGUGGCGCAGGAUAAGACAAGCUCUUCGCCGCUUGUAGCAGAGCAUGGGACAUCACUACCUGAGGGGUCCCCUCCUUCAAAAAGGACCAGAACAACUCGAAGCCAUCCUUCAGACUCGAUUCCGGAAACAACCGAUAUAGGCAAAGAUUCUGUAUCAAUGGCCCCAUCUGCUCCGCCACAGCCUCAGCCCCAAACGCAACAUGCCGUGAGAACGAGCUCGCGUGUGGCUAAUCGUCGCAGAAGUCGUAAAUAA